GUUAUGGUUGAACCCCAGAAAACCACUGUCAUACUUUGCCCGACUUGUGGGUUGCUCUUCGUCCUUGUUCUGCUCUGCCUGCAACAUCUUUCUCUUCCUUGCUCCUAUGUGAAUCAGGACUUGAGCGCCGCAUGCUUUGAGCGCUGGACUACCGGGAACUUCUCUUCAACACGACUUUGACGGCUAUCGAUUUGGUCCCCAGCUCAUACAUUAGCGAAGUUACGUUGCAACGGCUAGUCUGGCCAUGAGGCCGUUCUGGCUACCUGCUAUAAAGAUGGCUUUGCUCAUGCGGAAAUCAAUCAGGAUCUCAACCGUUUUCCUGUUCACCGACUAAGCAGCCUGACUUAUUUCAGCUUAGCAUGUCUACUGCCACUCGCGUCGCGUUCAUCACUGGUGCUGCUCAGGGUAUCGGUGAAGCCAUCGCCCUUCGUCUCGCCGAUGAUAAUAUCGACGUUGCCCUUUUCGACCUUAAGGAGAAGGAGCCUCUUCUUAAAAACGUCGUAAAACAAAUUGAAGCGAAGGGACGGAAAGCUAUCUACUUCGUCGGUGACGUCACACAAGAACAAGAUGUGAAAACUUCAAUCGAUAGGACCGUCGAGACUCUUGGUGGUUUGGAUAUCAUGGUCGCCAAUGCUGGUAUCACUAUAUUCAAGCCUUUCGUUGAGAGCGACAUCGAAGAUUACAGGCGAAUCAUGGACAUUAACGUACUUGGCGUCGUGAACUGCUUCAAGUAUGCCGCUAUCCAGUUGAUCAAGCAAGGACGCGGUGGUCGCAUCAUUGGUGCUUGCUCCGGCGCGGGAAAGAGGGGCAUUAAUAACAUGUCCUUAUACAGCGCCUCGAAGUUUGCCGUUCGUGGCCUCACUCAGGCAACUUCGCUUGAGCUACGUUCGCACAAGAUUACCGUCAACAGCUACGCUCCAGGCUUUAUCCUUACUCCCAUGCUCGCCCAUCCUGAUGACGAUAAGUUUGGCGGACACGGCUCAGUCGCAAAAAUGGCUGCGAAGAUGGACCCUGAUUACGAAGGCGCUCAGCCUAGCGUCGUCGCCGAACUGGUGGCAUACCUUAUUAAACCCGAGGCACAUUUCGUCAACGGUCAAGUUAUCAACAUCGAUGGCGGUCUCCUUUUCGACUAAGCUUCUGUAAAAGUCAAUCUCUCGUGUACUAUAUCGAUGUACUUCUUACCCUGUUUUCUGGUAUGUGCCAAACAUGUACAAUGAAAUCUGAUUUUCUCGCGCUUCAGCCAC